AUGUCUGUGUCUUUCUUUGGUAAAAGUAAAAAUAGGACAGAAGGUAAUAAUAUUAAUAUGAAUAUUUGGUAUAUUUCUAUCUACUAUCUUUCAACGAUUGAUCUAUGGAAGUAUCAAAAGAAGAGUUUUACAGGCAUGAAUAAAAUAGUAUUGAAUAACACUGGGACUGCUAAAAUCAACGUUGUUCAUUCACUUGCAAUGAUGAAUCAAAAUAUAACAUUGGUCAAUCUAGGUGCUGGUCAAAUGACAUUGUCUGCAUCUCUACCAGCUUUGGUUAAAACAUUACAAAUUCAUGGACAAGUUACAUUGGUAACAUCGAUGAUGGAAACAUUCAUUGGUUUAAAUAAUUUAUUACAAAUUACAAAUAAUAAUUUGUUAAAUGUAAAAUGGAAUAUAUUUGAAAAUAUUACAAUGUUAUCGAUUGAUAUUUCUAAUAAUCCUUCUCUUGUUGGUGUUGUUCCAGAUUCAAUGUGUCAGAAUUUCCUUGAUAUCCGUCAGACUUCUAUUAGUGCCAUUCCCAAUUGUUUCUGGUGUUUUAUGAAUGGAUCAUCCACUCUACCAAUACGAACUGAUCUCACACCACCUACCAAUCUAACUUGUGACAUUUCUAUUGACAAUUCCACCGUUAUUUUAAUCAAUGGACUUGCAAAUUUAACAGGCCACAUGUUAGGAUGGGGUCACUACACAAACAUGUAUUCUCUCGUACCAAUCAUUCCAAACAAAAUAUUAACUUUUGAUUAUGGAUCAGCACCAGUCGCAGGACCUGUAUGGUCACUCAAUGUUAAUUUUAGUUUUGAUCUUUCGAGACAAUUAUCUUUUCUUGAAGCUGGUAUUCAAUUUGACAGUUUGACCAUUGUAAAGGGUAGUCAGGGAAUGACGGUAUUUAAAUUUGCAAUGAGGUUUGUCAAUUCCUACCUAUCACACAAUCUCUACCUUGGCGAUACUCCUUGUGCCUUCCAAGAUAUCGUAGACAUGACUGUUGUUUGUAGUAAUGUUACACUUUCAUCUGGAUCAUUCAGUGUAACCAUGGCAAAUGAGUAUAACAUUGUUUCGUCAAAUGGAUGGUACUAUAAUUCAAGUUACCCAUACAUUUCAGCUGCAGGAUUUGAUAAGAAUGAAACAAAGGUUCUAUCAAUUUAUGGAGAGUUUGGUCAAUAUUUUCAUAGACUAGCAAUCCUGUUAAAUGAUACUAUCGAUUGUUCAAUCUUUGAAUAUAACUCAACUUUUAUUAAUUGUUCAUUACCGUCAAUACCCAAUCCUGGGUUAGCCAACCUAACAAUAUUAGUUGAUAAUAUGGAAUACCAUUCAUCAAAUGUAUUGUACUUUCCAGCCGCUAAAAACUCAUCCUCUACACCCGAUCAGCAAUGUCCAAACAAUUGUUUCAAUAGAGGUAAAUGCGCAAAUGGAAUAUGUAUUUGUGAUGAUCCAUUAUACAACCCUGUUGAUAAUUGUUUAACAAAAUAUACAAAUACAACACCAAUUAUUGAUCCAACCAAACCAACAACAUCAUUUGAUAUUGAUGGUGUUGAUUUUCAAUUUGAAAUGGUUUCAAUUCAAGAGUUGGAUAUUGAUGACACAAUAAUCAAUGAAUUAAUUACAAAUAAUUGGAAUUCAACUAUUAAUAGUAAUGAUAAUAAUAAUAGUAAUACAACCAACUCAACUAAUACUACUAUUACUGAUGUAUCAGCAUUCUACCAAUUAAAUACAACCAAUAAUGAACAAUUCAGCAAAAGUAAUAUUACAGCAUCGAUAUCAUUUUCAUCCAAGUCAAGAGUAGUUGAAUUUGGAACACAAUCACUCAACAUUCCACCAAGUUCAAUUAAAUUGACAGUAUCAAUCAACAAUUGGAAUUACAGUUCAUCACUGUCAACACUCAGAAUUGUAUUUAGAACGAUAUUGAAUAAUCAACAAUUUGCAACACUUGAUUGUGGUGAAACACAAGAGAUUGAUUCACUUCAAUUUGACAGUCUAUCAUCAUCAUUGCAAUACCUGCGAGUUGUCAAAGAUAACGUUCAAUUCAAUGGUAGAUUUAUUGAUUAUGUAUUGUCAGAUGGUAGAGAGUCAUUCUCUCAAACAACAGUGAUCAAUCAAACAUCUAUCUCCACGAAUACAACAUCAACACUGAUUGGAGUGUCAAUGCCACAAUGUCGAUCAUGUCUCCUUGAUCCAGACUUUACACCAUUAAUCAUUGACAAGGGUACCUCAGAUGAUUGUAGUAACAGUGAAAAUGGAACAAGUGAUAGAUGGAGAAUCAUUGUUGGUUCGGUUGUUGGCGGUAUUGCAUUGGUUGCCGUUGCUGUUGGUGCCACUCUCAUGAUACUAAAGAAAAAAAAGAUGUCAAGAGAAUCUUUGGUGCUAGUUGAAGCAGCUCAAUUUAUAUUACAACAAUAUGGUGUGGCUGGUAUACAAAUACAAUGGUUAUGUAAUUACACUUCUAUGAUUGGGUGUACUUCAGCAGGCGAGUAUUCCUAUAUUGCAAGAUUUAACUUGACAGUUGAUGCAUUUGAGAAUAUUGGUAUGCCAAAUGCUAGUUUAGAGACAUUGGAAUUCUAUAGAAUCGAUUAUCUGUUUAUUAUUGGUGCUGGUCAAGUCGCUGAUCCAUCUAUCAACAUCUUGACUAAACUUGCUAAAACAUUUAACCCUAGAUCGAUUAGAAUACAUAAUGAUCCAUCUGUGGAUGUAAUACCGUUAAUAUUUACUACUAGUACUCGUGCAUCCGUUUUUGGAUUGAGUGGGUGUCCCAUUACAUUGAUUCAAGGUACAUUCUUUAAUCAGUCUAGAUUAUCGACUAUUUACAUUAAAAAGUCUCAAUUGGAUUUUCUCCAACUCGAUCCUACACUUCGUCUAGCAUCACUUGCCGAGUUUGAUAUAGACAUCUUAUCGACCAGUCCGGUUGGCGCAACAUACCUGUUUACAGAUUCAUCAUUUCCAAAUUUGAAUAAAUUAUCAAUUAAUAAUACUGGUGAUGGAGAUAUACAAAUAAUUCAUUCGUGUACAAAGACAAAUCAAAAUAUUACCAUGAUUAAUUUAUUGACCGGUACUCUAUCAUUUAAUACUUCUCAGGAAUUAUCUAUUACUUCAUUGUUUUUUGAAGGAAUAGUAUCAAUGGUUCAAACUUAUGAUAAAUUCACUGAAUUGUCUAAUUUGGUGUAUAGAUCAAACCCUUUCUUGACUAUGUACCCAUUUACUCAAUUUCCUCCUAAAUUGUCUAAUCUCUACUUUGAAAAAUGUGCAUUUACUCAAAUACCAUCAGUCGCACCAGGUUUAAAAUUACGAUCUUUACAUUUUAUAAAUAAUAGUUUACAAACUAUAGAUUGGAGCCCAUUUGUAAAUGCUUCACCUCUUUAUAUCAGUGUAUAUGGCAAUCCUUCUCUUACUGGUACUAUUCCAGAUACAAUGUGUCAUAAUAUGUUUGAUAUCCGUCAAACUUCUAUUAGUGUCAUUGCUGAUUGUUUUUGGUGUUAUAUCAAUGGAUCAAUGGACCAACCUAUCAAAACUGAUCUAUCACCACCAUCACCUCUACCUACCUGUGAUGUUGUCAUUGACCCUCCAAGUCCUAUUGUUUUAACACAAGGUUCAGGAUUAAUUAAAGGUCAACUCAUAGGAUGGGGUAACUACAAAGACCUUUGUUUACUUUUACCAGGUAUUCCAAACAAAGAGUUAAGCUUUACAUAUCCAAGAAGUUUAUUAGGUCCACCAUAUACUUUAAAUGUUAGUUUUAGUGAAGAACAUUAUCAAGAAAUAUUAUUUAUUGAAGCUGGUAUUGCAAUUGGUAGUUGGAAUAUUAUUAAAAAUGUACCAGGUGGAGCACCUCUUGUAUUUACGUUUGGAAUGUUGUUUAUGAAUACCUAUCUCCCACACAAUGCAACUAUUGUAGGUGGCUUAUUUAGCAAAGUUGAACUUGUCAAUACAACCUUUAUUUGUAGUCUAAGUGGUCCCAUUUCAUCUGGACGUCAAAAUGUAUCCGUUUUCAACGAGUAUAUCAGUGCAUCCUAUACUGGAUUGUAUUAUAAUUCAAGUUAUCCAUACAUUUCAGCUGCUGGAUUUGAUAAAAGUGAUACAAAGAUUUUAUCAAUUUAUGGAGAGUUUGGUUCAACGCUAUCUCUUUCAUCGGUUCUGUUAAAUGAUACUAUUGAAUGUUCAAUCUUUGGAAUUAAUUCAACUUUUAUUAACUGUGCUCUGUCGUCGAUACCCAACCCUGGAUUAGCCAACCUAACAAUUACAGUUGAUUUUAUGGAAUAUCAUUCACCAAAUGUAUUAUAUUUCCCAUUAACCUCUAAAAACUCGUCAACACCCGAUCAACAAUGUCCAAACAAUUGUUUCAAUAGAGGUAAAUGCGCAAAUGGAAUAUGUAUUUGUGAUGAUCCAUUAUACAACCCUGUUGAUAAUUGUUUAACAAAGUAUACAAAUAUUACAUUUAAUCCAAAUACAACAGCACCAACAACAUCAUUUGAUAUUGAUGGUGUUGAUUUCCAAUUUGAAAUGGUUGCUAUACAAGAGUUGGAUAUUGAUGACACAAUAAUCAACGAAUUAAUUACAAUUGAUUGGAAUUCAACUAUUACAAAUAGUAGUAAUAAUAAUAAUAAUAAUACAGAUGUUUAUGCAUUCUACCAAUUAAAUACAACCAAUAAUGAACAAUUCAGUUCAAGUAAUAUUACAGCAUCCAUUUCAUUUUCAUCCAAGCCAAGAGUCGUUGAAUUUGGAACACAAUCACUCAACAUUCCACCAAGCACAGUUAAAUUGACAGUAUCAAUCAACAAUUGGAAUUACAGUUCAUCACUGUCAACACUCAGAAUUGUAUUUAGAACGAUAUUGAAUAAUCAACAAUUUGCAACACUUGAUUGUGGUGAAACACAAGAGAUUGAUUCACUUCAAUUCGAUAGUCUAUCAUCAUCAUUGCAAUACCUGCGAGUUGUCAAAGAUAACGUUCAAUUCAAUGGUAGAUUUAUUGAUUAUGUAUUGUCAGAUGGAAGAGAGUCAUUCUCUCAAACAACAAUAAUCAAUCAAACAUCUAUCUCCACGAAUACAACAUCAACACUGAUUGGAGUAUCAAUGCCACAAUGUCGAUCAUGUCUCCUUGAUCCAGACUUUACACCAUUAAUCAUUGACAAAAGUACCAAUCUAUGUAACAGUGAAAAUGGAACAAGUGAUAGAUGGAGAAUCAUUGUUGGAUCGGUUGUUGGUAGUAUUGCAUUGGUUGCCGUUGCUGUUGGUGCCACUCUCAUGAUACUAAAGAAAAAGAAAUUAAAAAGGGAAUCUGUCAACCUAGGUAAACGUCUACAACUAUUAAAUUAA